UGCUAACCAACCAAUUCGGAAGGUGAGUUUGAAUCUCUGAGAACUGGAAAUCAGAAUUUUCGAGAAACAGAAGAGGAGAGUGGAGAAAUCAUUUUGCAUAUUUCGGACACUGUCAUUCGGCAGUUCAACUGAACUGAAGUCAUCGCUGAGUGCUCUCCAAAUACUAAAUUUCGUCUGUUUUGAUUGAGUAAGUGAAACGUUUUGUACAGUGUUCAUUAGCAGAAAAUCAAGACUUCUGAAUUUCAUCGAUUCGAAAAUUCUCCAACUUAAUGUUUAGUUAUUCAAUCAGCUUGCCGGAAUUCAAACCAACGGCCUUCCAUGGUAUGAGCAAGCGUUAUUUAAAUUAUAAAUUAUACUGCUUCUUGCACUUUUUUGGAAGAAUUAGGACUAACAUCGUAAGAUCUGAAUUACUUGUAUUAUAGAAUUCAUAUUUAACUUUCAUUAAAAUUUAUUCUAUUGUUGCGCAUUUUGUGAAUUGCUUCAGCUAGAUGCAGAGAUUUGUUGCAGGAAUUCAACUUUAAAAGUCAAAAAGUGUGUUUUAAAAUUUCGAUCCCCUGUUACAUAAGUAGCAAAGUGCUUGAAGUCAUAAACGACUGUGAUCUGUAAUUUAGCAAUAGCGAAAAGUGGUACUAAUAGUAUUUCAGUAGCGAAGAAGAAUCAAAAGUUUCAAGAAAUUUCCACUUUCACAUCGCAUAUCGAAAGCCGAUAAAAUCGGUAUCACUGACUGUUCCAGCAAGCUCAGUUUUAUUUUGCAGACCUUCAAACAGACCAAAAUUUUCAGCAAUUCCACGGAGUUUCCACUUAUUUACUGCAGCUUGAAUUAUAUCAGAUAAAAGUUCAAGGUUAGCUCCAUCAACUUCAAGUCUUCUUAAAAAUUCUUCGAGGUUCGUCGCACAGCUGUUUCGUAUUCUUACUUCAAAAUGCCAAUCCGUGUUUCAGCUACUCUCGCAGAUCCACCCCAGCUUCAGAGACAAGAACGUGCCGGCAGGAGAGGAUGGAAUGUCAAGGCAUCGAAUUUUGCCACAGGAACAAUCAAUCCUAUCAGAAAAGUUGUGGAAAACAUGAAACUCACUCCCAAUCCGGAAAAGAAAAUGAUUUCGCUUUCCAUAGGAGACCCAACUGUUUCUGGCCACUUGAAGCCUUGCGAAGAAAUCCUACAAUCAGUUGAAAACAGCUUAAGAAGUUUCAAGUAUAAUGGAUAUGCUGCAAGUACAGGGCAUCUACAACCCAGGGAAGCAGUUGCCAAAUAUUCGACCAGACCCGGUGCACCAAUAGAGGCAAAGGAUGUGAUUUUGACAUCUGGUUGCUCACAAGCUCUGGAACUAGCCAUCUGUGUUUUGGCCAACCCCGGUCAAACUGUGCUUGUACCUAGACCAGGAUUUCCUUUGUAUAAAACUCUGGCUGAAAGUAUGGGAAUCAAUAUUAAAUAUUAUACCUUAUUGCCGGAGAAAGGAUGGGAAGUGGACUUGGCCGACUUGGAACAUCAGAUUUCUCCAGACACGGCUGCCAUCGUCGUCAAUAAUCCAUCCAACCCCUGCGGUUCGGUGUACAGUCGUCGGCAUUUGCAGUCCAUUCUGGAGGUGGCAGCCAGGAAUUACGUACCCAUCAUUGCGGAUGAAAUUUACGAGAAUUUCGUAUUUCCGGGGGAGGAGUUCUAUCCAAUUGCUUCGAUGUCGCUUUCAGUGCCGAUUCUUACAUGCAGUGGUCUCACUAAAAGAUUUCUAGUUCCAGGAUGGAGAAUGGGAUGGAUUUUAAUCCACGACAGAAACGAAGUCUUCGGUUCUUCUAUACGGAAUGGAUUACAGUCCUUAUGCCAAAGAAUCAUGGGUAGUAACACAAUCAUACAAGGAGCUCUACCGAGUCUAUUAAAGGACACUCCGCAGAAAUUCUUUAGCGAAGUCAUCACAUCUGUAAAAACGAAUGCUUCCAUUGCGUACUCCGUAUUAUCGGAAAUUCCAGGAUUGAUGCCUAUUAUGCCAUCGGGAGCUAUGUACAUGAUGGUCGGGAUUGAUAUUCCACAGUUCCGCGGAUUCCGGCACGACAUGGAUUUCGUGGAGAAGCUUGUCGCUGAGCAAUCCGUCAUGUGUUUACCGGGAAUGUGUUUUGAUUACCCGAAUUAUGUGCGUCUUGUGCUGACUGUUCCGGAAGAAGAUAUUCGUGAGGCCUGCAACAGGAUUGCAGAAUUCUGCCAGAAAUAUUACAGAUUUUCUUUCGCCAGUGAUAAUUCAUCGGUUUCCGAGGUAUCGUCAUCGUCUUGCGACACUACCAAUGACGUCAUAGAGAGUCCUCAGCCAAUUCGCGUUUGAAAUGCAAUUGAAUGCAACAUCUGCAUCUUUUUUUACUUUAUUUUUGCAUUUAGAGUAGAAGAAGUGUAUAUCUGUAUUUACACUGAGCCAAAAAUUGCGUGCAAUAAUCGGAAGCCAACAUUAACUGGAUUUGGGUAUUGGCUUCUCAAACCAACCAAGGAUAGGAAUGACUCAUGAGAAUGUUCAUUAAAGUUUAUUAUUUAAGACAAAUUUAGAUCUAUUUUAGAAUUAAUUAAACCUCUGCAAUGUUUCAGAUUAAUUCCGAAUAUUUAAAAAAAGGAGACGGUUUAGAUAACUUAUAUAUCAGGAACAUUUUGUAUCUAAAUUUUACCAUUUGCGACAUUAUGCAUUUCCAGGAUAUUUAUUACUUACAAACGUAAUGCCUUUUAGUGGGGUAUGCAGCUUUAAAUAUUUUAAUUAAAUAUCCACAACACUCGAAACUGUUCAACAUUUAUUGCUAACGAUUUAAUUAGAGUAGCUUUCUAUAAGUAAUUUUAAAUCUUGUUCAUUUAGUCUAUAAUAUUCUAAAAUAUUCUUUAAUUUGUAGUAUAAACACAGGAACUCGAGACUUUUUGCUAAAUUAGCUUUUCCAAGUUCAUAGCCCAAACAAAAGAGUGCCCAUCACAGGCGAAGGAUUUUUUUUUUUUUUUUUUUUUUUUUUUUUUUUUUUUUUUUUUUUCAGAAAUGAAAAUACAUCUUUAUAAUAAAGAACAGGCUAAAAUUUUCCAUUUAUCGAAACUUAUUUUGUAAUUUUUAUAAACUUUUACUUUUUCUCUCUUUUGAAAAUAUAAUCAAUGUAACUUUAGAGGGUCUUAAAAUUCGCUGUAAAUUUUGGAUAAAAGAUAAUUUUGUGGUUACAGGGGAAUGCCUUAAAAUUUACAUUAAAAGGUUUAUAAUAAAUUCUCGUGAUUACCAUUGAAUAUAUUACAUAUUACAAAUCCUGUAACAAUCUUCAAGAACAAUAUCAAGUUGAUUCGAAGUUCAGAACACUUAAAACGAUUGCUGGAUCAGCCAGUGGAUAAAAUGAGCAUUAGAAAACUGGAAUAACAAACACUUCCUUAAAAAUCAGUGACGCAUAGCCAGAUCUAUGAAGUUUUUUUUUAAUUUAAUAAAUGUCUUAAAAUAUUCUUUUUCUUAAAAGGACACCAAAAACUGCGUAUAUGCAAACUAUUUUAAAUUUUGUAUUAGUGCUGUUUCAAAUGAGGAAGUAAUAUGGUAGACCAGGCCCCAGAUAGAUAUGUUGUUAAAAACAGAAACCACAUAAAUGAAGUAGGUUUAUUGUUUUAGUGUAUAAGUGGAAUUUUCAUAUCUUUGCUUUGAUCAAGUAGUAAUUGUUUCGCUUCUGUCUGCUCUAACAUAUUGCCGUGCGUUACAAUGUAAUUAUGUGAUUUACAUAGUUCUGUAGAAUAAAGCUCUGUAUAUUAGUUUUAGAUUUUUUCAAAUAAAGAAAAUGAAUGAUUGAAA